AUGGUGUCGCCGUCGACGCAGGAGGCGUGGCGACACUGGUGGAACGAGACCAAGAGCGGCAGCAUCAAUACCUACGCGUCCAUCGUGCUUUUCUUCCUCUCUACAGUGCUGGCCAAGUCGAUCGCUCGCUGCCUCUUCUGGAUCGUCCGCAAAGCCUGUCCGACCAAGUGGAUUUGGCCUGAUGAAGCACCGCAGAUGAUGAUGUGGCAGACAUCACUUUUGUGCCGUGCUGGGCUGGUGUGGAUUGCUAUCUUGGUCUCUCGCUUGUCCUUAUUGCUGCACAAGUGGCCAGCAUGGCUCUUUGGCAUUUGCUUUCUCAUUUGGAUGGACGCAGUUGGCAAUGUGCUGCGGGAAGUGAUUGUUCGUAACGGCGUCGUGGGGUACAAAGAGGACGAGAAACCAGGCCGGAUGACGCUCUUGUACGAAGGCAGUACACUGGCCAAGAUGUUGCUGCUCGUGCUCAUUGUGUACACGUACUACAUUACUCCCUGGAUCGAAGACUCGAGCGAGCUGAGGCUGCUCUUCUCGGUUGGGUUCUUUGUCUCGAUGGCACUCGCUACACUGCCAUUGCUACGCAAUGUCAUGGGUGCACACUACAUGUUCCUGGCCAAUAUGCUGCACCUCGACUCGAUCAUCUAUCUGCACGGGUCGCGAAAAGGAGUUGUCCGUGACGCACCGCUAGGAUUUAUUGUGCUAGCUACCUCUGACAACACCAAGACGUUUAUCCCUGCGGGCGGGACAGUGAGUCACACGACAGAGGUGUUUCACAACUUCUUGUGGCCGCUUCGACUGGAUGUUCGGUUACCAGUGAAUACCCCGGCAAAGCGUGUGCGCCAGUUCGUACAAGACAUGGACCGGUUGCUGUUUUGGGACCCUGUAGUAGCAAUCGCACCCGACGGAACUGCUGCUGUUCCGGAUGCUGAUGGAACUACUUCAUUCAUGGAUGCAUCGCCAGCGUACGAAAGCGUGAGCACGCGUGAAUUUGCGAGUGCAGCAGCGACCGAGAUGGCCACCAGGUUACUGUUUGAUGAGAAUCGACAAGAAGAAGAACGCAUUAUACGGCGCGCACGAGGUAAUGAGGGCUUUGUGGCGCUAGAGGCCAACAAGCGAUGGGUCGUGCAAUUUCGGACGUUUGUGCAGGCCACCGAGAAAGCACACUUUUGCCAGACUCGUGCUGCGUACAUUGAGGCCACUACAAAGCUACUGGAGAAACAAGGAAUGGCCUUUCGGUCGCAAGCUACUGUCGCUGAGCCUUGA